AUGUCAAGCCUGGAUACCCCCGUUUCUUCUCUUGAGCAACUCACACGGCUUAAGGUUGAAGCACACAGCAACCUCCUGCACGGAGACUUCCAAGGGACACUACAGAUCUGUCACGACGUAUUACAGAUUAUUCACCGCCAACCAGAGAGUACGCAGCACGCAGAAGAUCAGAUUCUCUUCUUUCUCAUGAGAAUAGAAGCGGAGCUACGGCUGGGGCUCUUCCAGCAGGCUCGUGAGGGACUCGAAAAGCACAUCCCGCCGCUUCUUGCUCUCCUUUCCGAAGAGCAUCCUUUUAACAUAACGCACAUAUUCGACUCUGUCCACCUAGAGCUUGCAAUGGGGAAUUAUGCGACCGCACUGAAGGCAGCCAAACGACUUAUAACUUACAUACGUGCAGCUCAGCAAACUGCAGACGACAUCACGAGGAACAACUUACAGUUGGCGCGGGCGCUUCUUAUGUAUGCCCAUGCAGCAGCUGGGAUGAACGACUUCAAGGAUGCAUUCAUUGCCCUUGCAGAGGCCAGAAACAUCCAGAUGUCCGCUGGCGCCGAGUGCGAAGCAGCGCUGACGACGGCUCACGAAAUUUCCACCCGGCUGCUAUCGGGAGAUACAACCGAUGCUGUGGUCAGUCUCGUUGCAGUGUGUGAAAAGAUCCUCACGGACAACCCUACCUGGGCUGGCCUGCCCUCGCUUUACCACAACAUUGCCGUAGCACUGAACUGCGAGGGUAGACCUUCAGAUGCUGUCGACUUUCUUGCGAAGGCCGCAAGCAUGUGCAAGAUAUUCUAUGGCGAAGGGUCUGCUGAUUAUUGUCGUGAACUUCUGAGCCUUGCGCAGACACAGCUUAUCAUAGGGAACAUGAGUGAGUGCAGUUUGCUCUUAGAGAGAGUUGGGUCCGUGAGCAGCAUGGCAACUGACGGAAAUUACUGGUUUAUUAAGGGAGAUGUCGCAUAUCUGUCGGGGGAUAGCGAGACGGCCGUCCAGCACUAUCGCACAGCUAUUAUCCAUAUCACAAACCCAGUUAUUAAGGCAGAUGCAGAGCAAGCGUUAGCCUCAGCCCUGCAGGCCUCUGGCUCCCCAAAAGAUGCCCUUUUGUUGCUAGACAAGCUAGCUAGUCGCUACGAAAAGCAAUAUGGAGAGCGCUCGCCGCGGACAGCAUCGGUUUGCGUCUCACUGGGUAACAUUUUUCGGCAUCAAGCGCGAUACAAAGAGUGUCUGGUGCUUUAUGAAAGAGCCCUUAACAUUUUCGAAGAGACCUAUGGUCGCAGUCAUGCGUACGUUGCAACCGUAAAGAUCAAUAUUGGUGGGGUCUACUAUACUCAGAGAUCCUUCCGGAACGCCCUUAUUUACUUUACCCAUGUAAAAGCCAUCCGUGAGGCCGUCUUCGGUCCUGUGCAUCCACUCACCAUUAGAUUAUAUCUAGCAAUCGCCAAGACCUACGAGCAAAUCUGCAUAGAACUAGCGAGCACAGUCACGGGGAUGACCGCUUCAGGUAGUGCGAGCCUGGGUCCUCGAAGCGUCGGGCCAACAACCGGGAACAUGGUCAGGCAGAUAGCAGGCGAAGAAAGAUCUAGUUUCGAGGAGGCACAAGCAUUCUAUGAUAGGGCGCUAAAGGGGUGCAUGGAAGCAUAUGGACCCAAUGCACCCGAAACUAUAGAAGUUCGCAAGAGUAUGACGGAGUUGAAGAGACGGCGAAGAAACUGGUGA